AUGAGAGUGUUUGAGUCCAUUGUUCAACUCUUAGACGACUAUGAGCAAUAUAGGCAUAAUACAGCCAACGUAUCCGCUCGAGAGAAUAUAGCAAUCAGGAUGGAGUCAGUGGUUGUUCUGCUACAGCAAGUAAUUGCAUGUACAACACCGGGAAAUCUGGAGUGCUUUUCGUUUAUUGAAGAAAUUUUGCGAAAUAUUCGUGUUUUGCUUCUAGACUGGAAUGCAACAGAAGACCCGCCUUCGCAAUGUCAGGGGCACCCAACGACAAUUUUCGGAAAAAUAUCUGUUCGGAAGACGAUUUGAGAUCUAGAAUUUUCGGAACAUUUGUUGUAAAAUUUCUUGUUUGCCUGCCUCUCCUAGGAUUUUCGGACAUCUAAAAAUUGGUAUACUUGCCUAUUUUUAACGGAUUUUUACCCUAAAAAGGUCACCUAGAAUUUUCGGGAGUCUUUUUUCUGGCUAAAACUUUCGAAAAGGUAAGUUUUGAUCCCUAUAAUUUUCGGAUCACUAGACUUUCAGCUAGGAAAUCCGAACAGAUGAAAAAUUUUUAGGGGAUAAAAAUAUGCCUAUAUCUACCGUUUAAAUACUAAAAUACGUUUAACAAGCUAUCUUUAAGUGGUUUUGAACUAUAUUCUCGUUGGGUGCCCCUGCAAUGUACACGACUGGCCAUUUAUUCGUAUCAGUCGCCUCGAGUUACACCUAGUUCUUCGCCAGGUAGACCAAAACUGGAUAUAAGUGAGGAUGUUUUACUGCAGUUACGCUCCUUUGGUUUUACGUGGAAAAAUAUUUCCGAAAUGCUCCGUGUUUCCAGGUGGACAAUACGAAGACGUGUAGUGGAAUUUGGUAUUGAAAAAACAACAGGAUUCUCUGAUAUAUCAGAUGAAGAAUUGGACGACCUUAUCCGAGAAUUUAUCCUACGGCAUGGCUGUCUUGUUGGGUGUUCAAUUGUAAGUGGCCAUGUAAAGUCAGUUGGUCUCAGAAUACAGAGAGACCGAAUUCGAAAAAGUAUUGCACGUGUAGAUCCUACUAAUUCACACAUAAGGUGGGCUGUUACGGUUUCUAGAAGAACUUACUCAGUUCCAGGACCAAACAGUUUAGGGCACAUUGAUGGCCAUCAUGGUCUUGUAAAUUGGGGCUUUGUAAUCCAUGGAGGAAUCGAUGGUUUUUCCAGAUUGAUUGUGUUUUUGAAAUGUUCAACUAACAACAAAAGUGAAACAGUCAAACAGUGUUUCCUUGCUGCCACUGAACACUUUGAAUGGCCGUCUAGAGUUAGAACUGAUCAUGGGGGAGAAAAUGUGAAAGUCUGGGAGCUAAUGGAAGAAAGAAGGGGUACUAACAGAGAGAGUUAUCUUGCUGGCACGUCCGACCACAAUCAAAGAAUUGAGCGCCUCUGGCGAGAUGUAUUUUGUGCUGUAUGUCACAUCUUUUAUUAUACUUUUCAAUCAAUGGAAGAGUGUGGAGCAUUGCAGCGCACCAAUAAACUACACAUGUAUGUUUUGCAUUUCAUUUAUUUUCCCAGAAUAAACAAUGCUCUCAAUUCAUUUGCCUCUGCAUGGAAUCAACAUCCUAUUCGGGCACAACAUAAUUGGACACCUCUCCAGAUAUGGACAAAUGGUAUGCUUGACAUGAGGAACCAUGCCUUGUGUGGAAUUUCAGGUGUUGCCGACUCAAACAUCAGAGAGGUAGAAGACCUAGAGUGGUAUGGGUUUGACCCAUACGCACCUAGACCACAUGAUGAUGGUCUAUCAACUGUUGAAUUAGAUGAUGUUGAUAUAGACAAUGAGGACGAUGUCAUCACUAUUUUAAGAAAUAGCAUUGAUCCCCUUGCAGUUUCGAACAGUUUUGGAAUUGAUUUGUACAUGGAGGCCCUUUCACUUUUCACAACAUAG